AUGAGCCUCGGCUUCUGUAGUGUCUGGAAGCCAGUCUGGUUGCGAAUAUGCUACGAUCCCACCCUCGUAGAGAAGUAUGAGGAGAUGAAGAAAUCAGCUUGGGUUCCUGGAGGUGGAGUCCCAGGGGAUUGCAUUCUAGAUGAUGAAAUGCUCUACGCCUUCGAGGACGGCACCCCAGAUUCGUGGAGAAAAGUACUGGUGCGGAUGCCUGGCAUAACAGACUUCCAGGGGGCUAGGGAUUACAGUGGGGAUGAUUCCGACAUUCAGUAUUCGAGCGGACAGAACGACGAGGUUAUUUUAGCAGAGAUCGAGGAAGAGGAAGACGAGGACACCAAGUUUCUCUCGAAGCUCAGCGUACAGGUACAGACGACAGUGUAUUUGUUAGACCGUGAAGCUAUUACUACAGGACUGAUCAAGGUACUUUGGGUAAAUGAACAUGGCCAGACCUUGUGGGAGAACCGUGUGGAGGCUAGUACUUUAACAGGCCUCUCAAUGGCCCAAGAAGACUCUUGUGGUCUCGCGGAGAUUGUCGGCUAUCGGGCUGUGCGGGGGGCGUUGAUCGUGAGAUGA